GUUCCUCUGGAUCUAGAAACCUAGAUUAGAAUCCAGCACUGUCCAAUAAAAUACUUCGGUUGGUUGACUUUCGACCGGUGACUAAAUACCGUUAACACCAAAUGAAUGGCACACAUGUUGCUGUAGUACGCUUCACUUCACUGCGAUACUUGUGGUUUAUUAAUAGAGUUUAUAGACAGGAAAACAGCGAGGCCAAUUUUAAGGAAAAAUCGUCGCGCUUAUCGGUUUUCUUUUCCGUGAUUAAAGUAAAAAGUGCUAUGAGCACUUGACAAAAUAAGUAAUUUAAUCUUCGAAUCGACGUACAAAGAAUUUAGGUUUACAUAAAGAUGGUUGUAACAAGGUUUUUUCCAUUUAUCAUAUUGGUGUUUUUACCUUUGAGUUUAGGAGUGGAUAUAAAGCAAAAAACACUUAAACAAUACAAGAUAGACGAUAACGAAUGGAAGCGAGCACAAAGCAUCAUCAAUAAACUUGUGGAUGAGAGUAUAGCCAACAGAGUCUCAGAGGCCGAGAAAGACAUGACAUCUCUCUUAGAGCGAAAUAUUGAGGAGCAUAUCAAGCGAAAAAGUAAAAGCUACUUCGCUGGUCUCAAGAAAGAAUGCCGGGACAAGAUUGAACAUUGCGAUAGUCUUGCUACUGCUGGUGUGUGUAAAACAUCCAUAAAGGCAAUGAAAGACCAUUGUGCAAAGACUUGCAAUUUAUGUCAGCGAGAGUAUGUUGAAAUCAAUCCUGAAGUAGAAAUCGUUAUGAAGCCCAAAAAAUUUAAGGCUUCCAACGAAACAUCCAAACAUUCUGAAGAAGCUGUGACACCAGAAAUCAAGGCAGCAGCCCUUCAUAAACUUUAUAGCAAAGAAGAAACCGUCAUUCCUGGAGAAACUAUAUCGGCACUUCACUCAAUAGAGCCAUUAUUAUCCCAGCAGUCCUCAGUUGCCAUGAAAUAUCACGACAAUGAAGACAUGUCUACAGAAAACGAGAAAAUCAAGGAUGCUCAGAAGCUUCUCGAGUAUGUAAAGAUCUUGAAACCAGCUCCUAAGAAAAAACCUUCAAAGGCGAAAUCUGCUGCUAAAAAGCAUACCACCAAAAUUGCGACAAAGAAGAGUUUUAAGAAGUCCCACACCAAAAAACUUAAGGGCGUUCCCAUGGACAAGCUUUCCAAAACAGUUACCUAUAAAAACCAGAAGUACAAAAUCACUCCGAUAGUCGACUGGGAAAAAAUCUCAAAAAUGUUAAAAUCUCUUGGAUAUAAAGCUGUUCAUAUCGUUGGCGCGAAGAACAAGCAUUUAGAAAAGGGCCUGAAGGAUCAUCUCAAGCAAAGUGGUGUUACUAAGGUUAUGACUGGCAAGCAGAAAGUCCAUGUUGCCCCUGAGACGUUUGUUUCAGCAACUCACAGACACAAGUCAUGGCGUAAUGAUAAAUACUUCAAGGAACACUGCCAUCCACUAUGUUUAGUAGCGUGUGUAAGCUCAUGUGCACCAGGUUGCUGUAAAGAACACGAUAAGAUUGAUGCUAAAAGUGGACUUGCCAAGCACUGUCAUCCAAAAUGUCUAACCGACUGUGUGCCAGCCUGUGGAAGUGGUUGCUGUUCGGCAGAUGAGGAAAGAAAGCGAGGCCACAAGUUUUCCCACUUUAAAAAGCUUAAAAGUUUCCAUAAACAGAAAGAAGAGAAAGACAAGCCCAAAAAGAAGGAAACUCCAAAAAAAGCUGCGGACAAACCUAAAGUUUCAGAAGUAACAGCAGAAAAGAAGAAACCCUUUUCGUUAAACGACAUCGGGCAUAAGGAAAAACCUCAUCCUCCUGUUGUAAAUCCUAAAUUAUCGUCCGAAGAACUUUAUAAGCCACAGCCCAGACUCUGCCCUGGUAGCUGCCCUGCGGUUUGCGCACCUGCUUGUAGUGACAUCUGCUGUGGUUUCGGGGAGUUUUCCAGUACAUAUAAUGGAAUUCCAGACCAUGAUAGCCACCCUGGCCUUCAACCAAAUAUCCCCUACCCAAAACAAAAAGCAAUACCAGGCAAUGCUUAUAUGUGUGACGAGAAUUGCAAAUUCAACUGCGCCCAAAGCUGCUCUGCUGAUUGUUGUCAGCCAGAAGGAGUAACCGCUCGCGAUGCUCGAUUGCAAGAAGGACCAUACCUUUAUGGUCCUCCUCCUCCUCCACAACCAGCCAUGGGAUAUCAACCUGCUAUUCAAACCAUUGACGAACCUGGUGUCUGUCCAAGUCCUUGUCCAGAUUCCUGUCUACCAGUAUGUAAUGUCGCUUGCUGUGCUUCUGCGCUUGGACUUCCUCAAGCUGACAGUGGUACUGACAGCAAUGCUGAGGCACGUUCUUCUACACGAAGAGUCAUCCACAUUAAACACGUAAUUCAUCCUCUUCAGAGAAAAGAAACCGUCCCAAGAUCGUGUCCAGCUUACUGUGGAACACACUGCACGCCAAUGUGUGCAAGGUCUGGAUGCUGUGCUUGAUUGCACCAUAAGAAUAAACUGAAAAUGAAAUGAUGUACAAAUCAAUGUCUUUUGUCACUUUAUGCCAGGUAAUCCGAAAAGUGGUACAUUGCAUUUGAAAUUCACACCGUCAUUCAAAGCUCGAUUUUUUUGUUUUAUCUGGUCUUUAAAUUCGUUUCCAUUGAGGAAUUCUAAUUUUUUGAUACGAGCAGGAUUACCUCUAAUGGAGCGACUAAAGAAUAUGGUAAUGAUAGACACGUAGACGCCACUGUAACUCAUAAGUUUCAGGAAAAAAACUGAUCCUCAUACCCAGAACGGGCCGGGUUUCUUGCUAGGAAUUCUAUGAGAAAAAUUCUCUUCGCUUACAUUCAAAUGUUUAAUCGGAGAAUAAUCGGAGGGGUAGGGCGUAUUACUCAAAAAUACGCAUCUUUGAACAACCAAGUUUUUUUCUGAAGUUUGAACGUCCAAAAUCAUGAAGUUUCGUUUUAGCCAAGCUAGUGUUGAAUUAUUAAAUAGGUUCAUAGGUUUAAAGACAUGGUUGGAAAUUCAAAUACUUUAGUGCAAUAGCUAACACUUAAGUGAUGCCGAUUAAAGAACUUAUCGUACGAUAACAUUUCAACUUGAGUCACUCAUGGUGUUAAGGUCAAACAGAUACGCAAUACAAAGAGUAUAGAAUGGUUGUAAAUUUGUAAUUGUUAGUUGGGAUAAGAUAAUUAGAUCUGAUAUUGUACAAUCUGUGUUAUAUAAACAUGAACAUCGAAAUAAAUGUUGUUUUUUUAAGUGUCA